AUGGCUGCAAUACCAGCUGUUAAACUUGUCGAACCGAUCAAAAAAGAAAAAUCGAAAACUUUUCAGGCUUACUUACCGGAUGGAGCUCGUACCUAUAGUUGUGUACAUUGUCGUGCCAAUUUAGCUAAUCAUAAUGAGCUUAUUUCAAAGUCAUUUCAAGGUAGCCAAGGGAAAGCAUAUUUGUUCAAUUCCGUGGUAAAUAUAGGAUGUGGGCCAGCAGAAGAACGUGUUCUAUUAACUGGCCUUCAUGCAGUAGCCGACAUAUACUGUGAAUGUUGCAAAACAACACUUGGCUGGAAAUAUGAGCAUGCAUUUGAAGUUAGUCAAAAGUAUAAAGAAGGUAAAUUUAUUAUCGAACUGGCGCAUAUGGUAAAAGAUAAUGGUUGGGAUAAGCGUGAUUUUAAAAGGAAUACCAACACUCACUAA